UUCUCCUCCCGCCAAGGACUCGCAGAAGCACACCCACCCACCUGCUCCCCCUCCCUUUGCCCGUCGGCGGUUCCACGAUGGCGGCCACCAGCGACGACUACGCCCAGAUCGACAUCUCCACCGAGGAGAAGGACAAGCUGGUGGCCGAGGUGAUGCGCCACGUGCUCUUCAAGACGCACCAGACCGCCGGUUGCCCCAUCAAGCGGGAGGAGCUCACGCAGAUCGUCACCAAGAACUACCGCCAGCGCGCCCUCCCCGCGCUCGUCAUCAAGGAGGCCGGGGACAGGCUCGCCGCCACCUUCGGCUACGAGAUGAGGGAGCUCCAGAGGACCCGCGCUCCGUCCACCCGCUCCGGCCGCCCGUCCCAGCAGCAGGUUAAUGUGGAUGCGAAAAGCUACGUCCUGGUCAGUAAGUUAGACCCUGAGGUGUACAGCAACUACGUCGAGCAUAAGGAGGCUGCCCAUGUGUCUGGCUUCGCCUUUGUUGUCAUUAGCAUUGUUCAUCUUUCAGGUGGCAAAAUUUCCGAAGAGGACCUCUGGCACCAAUUGAAACGGCUGGGUUUAAACGAGACCGAUGAAAACCACCCUGUUCUUGGUAACAGCAAGCAGGCACUUGAACUCCUUGUGCAGCAAAGAUACCUGCUGAAGGAGAAGCUUACUGGACCAGAAGGCAAUUCUAUGAUGUAUGAGCUUGCAGAGAGAGCAUUGGAUGAGUCCAUCAGUGGGAAGCUUAAAGAUUACAUUUCGCAGGUUGUGAGCACAAGCACUGCUUCAGAAGAAGUAGAUUGAAGUGGAUAUGAUGAACAUGAGGGCUUGUCUAAGUCAGUGCAAGGGCAAGACUCUAACAAGGUGAAAGAAGCUAUAUAUAUCUUCCCCGUGGGAGACUUCUACUGACAACCAAAAACUAGUAACCGCUUAUUUUGUCUGAAGCGUUGUAUAUAGGAGAGGAGAUGGUGAACCUCUCAACUAGCAUUUUAGGCCACGCAAAAACUGGCUUCGAUCCUUAACUAUGUAUCUGCGACAUAUAUUCUAUAACUUAAGUGUUAUAUCACCAUGCUUAACGUGUGGCCACCGUUCAGUCUUUGGGUCUGUUUAGAGGAGUUUUAGAUUCUUAGAAGCAGCUGUUUGGUAGCCAACUUUUGAGAAUCUGG